ACGGCGCGGAUUUCCUCCCGACUGCGGGGUGUCGUCGUUCCCGCGGGACGGGACGGGCGCGGGGGCGUCGCGGCGCGUCGCUUUUGUGUCAAAAAGUUGACAAAUACGAUUCGCCUUUCUACCGUUCAACGUCGUCGUCGUCAUCGUCGUCAUCGUCGUCGCGGCGAUAUCGGCGGAUGCGAUUGCGACCGCGAGACAACAACGACGACGAAGAAGGAGGAGCGAGGACGGAAGCGACGUGACGUCGCCGUGACUCGUCACAUCGUCGGCGAGGCGACGACGAUCGUAUAUCCCCAGGAUAACGUCUCCCCCUUCGCCGCGCCGCGCAUUCCCGUAUGAUCGCACGCAAUCUUCAUUCAAGAGAUCGCGCAGUCGGUUCGCCGUAUUUACAUCGGCCAGCCGAGCAGCUGUCAGUGCGCGAUCGCGUCCCAAGAUGCGCGACGAAUCACGUGAAACCAGGGAACCAGCCCAUCAUGCGAGACGUCCCAUGAACGCAUUCCUGAUUUUUUGCAAGAGACACCGUGGUUCUGUACGAUCUGGCUUUCCACACUUGGAGAAUAGGGCAGUCACCAGGGUCUUGGGUGAAUGGUGGGCAACCCUUCAUCCUGAUCAGAAACGUUCCUACACAAAUCUUGCACAGGAAUACAAAGAUGCAUUUUUAAAUGCAAAUCCUGACUUCAAAUGGUACAAAUUACCAGCACCUCCGCUACGUACUUUAAAUACUAGGCCUACCAACAAGAAACAAGAGUUGAGUAGCGGUGUGCAAUCCACAGAUAGUGUCAAAUCUGAAUAUGAGUCUUCCGAUUAUACAAAAUCAGACAGACGGGACGGACAAUCAAUUCAGCCAGGCAAAUUAGCAGACGAGUCGCAGAUCGGUGGGCUCAGUUCUCUUUUUACUCCUCAAAAGUCAGAGACAUCUGACGAGAUUGUUAAUGGUAUUGAAAAUGAUUCUGUUCCACCGAAGCCACCUAAAAAGAGGUAUACAGAAUCACCUUUCCAAGAUGAUCAGAAAAGGGAUUGCAAGACAGAUCUCUUUGGCGAAAAGAAAAGAAAAAGAGCUGAAUCAAAUAACAACGAACAGCACGAAACGAUCAUAGAAGAUGAGAAACAUACAAUAAAUAAUUUUAUGACAACGCAUACACAACAAGAGGAGAAUAAUUUUCGUAGUGAGAGAACAUGUAAAGGUUUACGUUACCAAAAAUUCCUUGCCGAACAAAACAUUGGUCCCUCGGGCCAACAGACCAAACGAAGACGAACAAUUGGAAAUCAUGGACAUGAUGAACAUUCAAAUGAAAGAAGAAACUCUAUUUCUUCAAAUGUUAGUGAAAAAACAGAUUCCUUAAGUAGUGAGGGAGGAAACAGUUCUCGCGGAGAUUUAGAACAUCUCGUAGAGAGUGCUGAAGGAAAAAUGGAAGCUUCUAAACCUGAAGACACAGAAACUGAAGGAGCUGAAGAUCAAGUGGAUUAUGGACCUUGGACGGCACAUAAAAGAUUUCGAGCUGAAGACUUUAAUUUAGAAAAAAAGAUUGAGGCAUUACCGUCUCUGAGUUUAGAGGAAUUUCAAGAAAAAAAGAAACAACAGCGUACGAAAAAAAAGAAAAUUUUGCAAAAGUUUAAUUCUUCAACUAAUAAAAAACAUCAAAAUAAUUCAUCUUCUGCUGGUCAGACAAAUGGUCAAACUCAAAAAGUUAGUAUAAUAAAUGAGAAUUGCGAGGAAUUAGAGAAAGCCCAUCUUGUUGGAAGUCAGAAACGGAAAGCGCGAAAGCAAAGCAUCACGCGAAAUACUGCGGCAAUAAAUAUCACCAAACACUCGGAGGAUCAAGAACAAAAUAAAUCUUGGUGCGCAUCUCCAGAUCUUGAAGCUCUAGCAUGUCUUGCAACGGUUGCCGCCAAUAGAACAAAACUUACCAAAAAUAACGCUUAAUUAUGUAAGGUUGUCCUAUAAAAACCAAAACUUUAUUAAGUUUUCUCCAUAUAGUUUCCUAUUAUCGGGGACUAUUAAAACAUACUUUUUCAAGUGCUGUUAUUAAUGAUACUACGGUCAAUAACAUAAUGAAUUAUUGUUAAUAUCUUUAUUGUUAAUAUUUACUAUUACAAAUAUUAAUAUUAUGACUGCUAUAGAUUAUUCCAUUAAUCAGUAUAUGAGGGAUGUGUUUUUUAAUUUAAAAUAACAGUUUUAUCAAAAGAUACAAAGGUAAAGGAUAUCUUUUUAUUACAGUUUAUUUUGUCAAAAGUCAAUCUCUAAUAUUACGGUUUGGAAAAGAUAUUUUAUUUACGUUUAUCUUAAUUGUACAUAAAAUAGUUAACUAGCGUAAUUCAUUAUUUUAAUUUAAAUAGUUCUUAUUUUAUUGUGUUACUAAGUUCACGAUAAUUAAGACCUUUAAUUUCAUAGUUUAAUUCUUCAUGCUUUUCUUUUAUCUAUUCCUUGUUAAAAUCUUUAUAGAAAUUCUAUAAAUCAUAAUAAUGCCAACAAUAAAUCUGAUUAGAUAACGUGAAGCUGUGACGUUUACGACUAUACGAAGAUGGAUUGAGUUAAAUGAGUAGAACAGGAUAUAAACACUCAAGGAUUUGUACAUUAUUCUAUUUUUUAUAGAAUAUUUAUAUGCAUCUUAUUUUCUUAACUUGUUGCUUUUUUUGUAUACAAAGUCGCAUAUGUGAAUUGGCAUGAUCGAGUGAUUUUAUUAGACGUAAAGUGUAUAACAUUCGAGAAGAACUUUUAUUAUUAUUUCUGAUAAUACAUACGAGUGAAAAUAUAUUUUACUUUACUUUUUAUUAUAUUUGAUCAGCAUUCGGUGUACAUAGGUAUAGGUGCAGUAUUAUAUACAGAUACGAGAUGUGUGGAAUAUCCUUUACGUUACGCGACUUGAACAUAAAAAAAGGGUAUAAUCAAAAUAUGGAUAUAUAUGCGACCACUGUUUAUAUAUUAUACAUGCAUACACGCUAAUAGACGCGUAGUUACACGUGUAAGUUUAAAUGUUUAUAGGUUUUCAGAUAUAUACACGAGUGCAUGUUAGAUGAUUAUCUCUAUGUAUUGAAAUACGCGUGUAUUCGUGUAUGCAUGUAAUAGAAUCAUAAGACUACCUACAUAUGUGAAUGUAUAUUUAUAAUAUUUAUAUAUAUAUAUCUUAUAUAUAUAUAUAUAUGUACAUUUAGCUUAAGACCAGAGGAUGCGACUUUGUGCUCUAUUUGAGAAAGUAAGAGACCUGUCUGUGAUUUCGGCUAAAAAGGAGUUUUUAAUAUUUUAUAUUUUUCUAAUGAUUUUUCUUUUCUCUUUUUCUCUCAUAUUCUCUUUCUCUCUGUAACAUAUAUAUAAACAUUUUCUAUUUUUCUCUUUUUCUAUAUACUUAUGUAUAUAAAACUGUAAUUUUAUUAACGAUUUAACUUUGUGAGCUCUUUGUGAAAUGGUAGGAAGAAUGUAACGUUUUGUAACGUUAUGUAACAUUAUGUAAUGUUAAUAAGUUUCUCCGUAGUUUGCAAAAGAAUGUACUGAUUAUAUUUCAAAUGUGCCUUGAAGAAAUAUGAAUAUAAGUGAUUAAACAACCGACCAACAAUAUAUUUUCGAUUCGUUUCGCUCUUCUGACCGUAUUUUGGCUUUUACAUUUGUACCUAUGGCAGUUUGAGACACUGUCUUGCUGCAGAACUUUAUAAUCAGGCUUAGUUGCCAAUGUAUAAAGAUCAAUCAUUUCACGAAUUCAGGGGAGAAUGUCGAAUUUUACUGCACAAAACAUCUAUGUACCUAGCUUUAAAAGAAUGUAUAAUUUACAUGAAUCUAUAUACGUGUACAUAUUAUAUACCACAUUUAUAUAUGAAUAAUAAAGAUAUGAUAUUUUGAUGUAA